UCACGCAGGAACAAGCUGGGAUAGCAAGAGUGUGCCAGGAAGUACAUAUGCUGCCAACCAGACAGCAUUCAACGUCUGGAACACUGCGAGUCGGCUCUGCGCCGACUGUUGCAUCCAACCCUGUCAUACGGCGCACAUCCUCAACGAGCAUCUCGGGUCGAAAUUAACUACCCUUCGCCUGGCCGUCCGGGGUAACCCGACCUCGCAAACACCAUGGAGCAAUCACGACAAAGACGAAAUAGGAGGGAGACCGGUGCGUCCGAAGCCACGACGACCAAUGUGCGCCCCGAGAAGCGGAGGGAAUAUUCUUCGUCGACCAUUCGCGCCGUAACUCCCGAGUCGAUCCCAGAAGAUACCACCACAAUAGCCAGCCAGUACGCCAAUUCACCGCCUAUCUCGCCUCGCUCCCACAAUACGCAACCUCGCUCUGGGAAUCCGCGUAGCUUUGUAGCGCGAGCCAAUUCGAACGACAGCGAAUACUCGCUGAGAGGUACAAGAGAGAAUCAAACACGCCCGAGGACAAGGACUCUGGAGGAGCGAUCGACGAGGGACCGCUCCCCUUCAAACCUUUUCGUGACCAGUCGCCAUCGUAUAGGGUCGGUGCAUUCAACUGCGUCUGCUAAUUUCCAGGGGCUAGAAGAAGCAGUCGUCACUUCGAUAGGGCAUCCAUCGAUCUCUUCCCCUCCCUCCUCGCAGCCGCCGCCUCGAACAUCCAGCUCUAGUCGUGCGCGCAUAACAAAGCAACCUCCCCGCUCCACUUCGCCGGGUCCCCCAAAUCCCAACAGCCCAAAUGCUCAGCCAGACUCGUGGGUAUCGCCGGUUCCUGCCUCCGAAGCUAGGAAGGUGCUUAAACUAAUGAGGGCCACGUGUGGCAAGAUGCAAGGCAUGUUGGCCUUUAGGCGUGGGGAGACAAACCCGUGGUCGCUGUCGUAUUGCUACAUAAAUGAAGAAGCAGGAAGUCUGGUGUACGAGCCGAAAAGCGACAAUUCAUACCACAGGACAUUGAUACCAGACCUGAGAGGGUGCCGUGUGAAGAGCGCAUACGAUGCAGAAUCCUACACUGCAUACAUACAUGUUCUUGGCCACAACUCCAACCUCGAGGUCUCAUUACGGCCACCAACGCAGGACGAAUUCGAGUCGUGGUUCGCUGCUCUCUUGUGUUGGCAACCGAUCCGUCCAAAAGGCAUUCAAAAUAAAAUGGCCAAGCCACAGGCAGCGAUUGUUCCCGAGCGAAGACUUGCGGACAGCAGGCGUCAUUCCGAGGUGUCAUUACUAAAGGAAGCACCCAUCAUUAAAGUUGGAAAGAUGAUUUACUGGGACACUAGCGUCACUUAUAGCAACACCGGCACCCCGAAAUCUAAUACAAACCGACCCCAGGCCUACCGGAUACAGAGCCAUGGAUCCCGAAGAUGGAGGCGGGUUUCCUGCACCCUGCGAGAGAACGGAGAACUGAAGCUCUAUUCUGAUACUGAUGUCACACUGGUAUCCGUUGUACAGCUCUCUCAGCUCUCCCGUUGUGCGGUUCAGCGACUGGAUCCUUCGGUUCUAGACAACGAGUUCUGCAUUGCUAUUUACCCCCAAUACACUUCAACCUCCACGUCUUUAUCACUACUCCGCCCUAUCUUCCUUUCGCUGGAAUCGCGAGUUCUCUACGAGGUAUGGAUCGUUCUAUUGCGGGCAUUCACCAUUCCUCAACUAUACGGACCCAAACAGCCAACCCUGAAUGAGGAGGGCGCCUUAUCGCCCUCAUUUGGCGUUCAAGACAUGUUUCGUAUGGAACGAUCCCUAUUUGUUCGAGUCACGGAAGCCAGGUUGAUACCCCCCGUCAGCCCAAAGGUCGAAAACAAUGUGCCUGCAGUAAGACCUUCAUCUUCCUCGCUUUCUGCAGGAGGCUAUUACGUCGAGGUUCUUUUAGAUGGCGAGACCAGAGCCCGCACAAUGGUGAAAUCCGAAGUCCAGAGCCCGUUCUGGAGAGAAGAGUUUGAAUUUUUAGAUCUUCCAGCUGUACUCUCAACCGCAUCCCUGCUGCUAAAGAAGCGUCCUCCUAGCCAGAUCCGCUCCGGAAAGGACUCUUACGAAUCACGAUUAGACUCUGAUUCGUUCAUGACAGAGAACGCAGGUGGAUAUGCCGGUAUCUCCUUCGACCAGACCUGUGGCAAGUCCGAUAUCUAUCUCGAUGACCUAGGUCCCAAUCAAGAGAUCGAGAAGUGGUGGCCGCUCGUCAACAUGUACGGCAACUCUGUUGGUGAGGUCCUUGUAAAGGUCUCCGCAGAAGAAUGCGUCAUCCUCAUGGCCCGAGACUAUCAGCCCAUGUCUGAGCUUCUGCACCGAUUUGAGAAUGGACUUACUUUGCAAAUCGCUCAGAUGGUGCCCAACGAACUUAAGAAACUGAGCGAGUAUCUUCUCAACAUCUUCCAGGUAUCCGGUCAAGCCAGCGAAUGGAUAUGCAGCUUAGUUGAGGAAGAGAUUGAUGGAACGCUGAAAGAAACUCCCGCGAGCAGGUUACGUUUCUCCAAACGAUUGGGCAGCACGGAGUCUAGUGAAUCGACACCAGCAUCUCAAUUCGGUUCCAACAUGGACCGCGAGCUUUUCGUUCGCGACAUGGGCAACAACGCAAAGCUGGAGGCCAAUCUGCUAUUCCGCGGUAAUACUCUGCUUACCAAGUCAUUAGACUUUCACAUGAAGAGGCUUGGCAAGGAGUAUCUCGAAGACACACUGAGCGAAAAGCUCCGAGAAAUCAACGACAGAGAUUACGAAUGCGAGGUAGAUCCGAACCGUAUUAACAGCAAGCAGGAGUUGGAAAGAAACUGGAGAAGGCUGAUCAACCUCACCGAGGACCUCUGGCGAGCAAUCUAUAACUCAGCGCCACGGUGUCCUCAAGAACUGCGUCUGAUAUUCAGACACAUUCGCGGUUGCGCCGAAGAUCGCUACGGCGAUUUCCUCAGGACAGUCAAGUAUAGUUCUGUAUCUGGAUUCCUGUUCCUUCGUUUCUUCGUUCCCGCAGUCCUCAAUCCAAAGCUAUUCGGAUUGCUCAAAGAUCACCCCAAGCCUCGCGCUCGCCGAACAUUGACUCUAAUCGCAAAGUCGCUCCAAGGUCUUGCUAAUAUGACCUCCUUUGGGACAAAAGAGGCUUGGAUGGAGCCUAUGAACGCCUUCCUUUCUUCACACCGCGAAGAGUUUAAAUCUUACUUAGACAGUGUUUGCAGUAUUCCCAGCAGCACGGCUGCUGUUCCUCCAAUCCCUCCUUCCUACUCGACACCACUUGCUAUUCUUCAGCGACUGCCGCCUACAAGCCGAGAGGGUUUCCCAAGUCUUCCUUAUCUAGUCGACCAUGCAAGGAAUUUCGCAGCAUUGGUCGAUCUAUGGUUAGAGAACACGCAGAGCUCAGCACCGAACAUCCAGACAACAGAUGGCGAUCUGCUCCGUUUCCACAACAUUUGUGUCGCUUUGAAUGAGCGAACAAAUGACUGCCUUAACCGUGCGGAGCGAGCGGAACGUCCAUCAUCCACACUGUCCGUCAAAUGGGAAGAGCUAGUGGAGCAGCUUCAAGGGUCUGCCUCAUUCGAGCCAUCUCGUGGUGCGGCGACUCGGAACAAAGUAGCAACUGCUUCAGGCCUCCCCGAUGUACCGGGUUCGGCACCAGCGAGCCCCGGUACUGCAGUCGCUACCGGCGACGAAAGCUCUGAGGGUGGAAGCACGCCGGUGAUGAUGAAAUCAGGCCGUGGCGGCAAGACAAGACAUGCACACGCAUCUUCAAUUUCAGCGUCGGCAAGCUCCAUCACGUCUGCCUCGCCGAUGCCAAUUCAGCUGAGCAAUCCAUUCUCGCGCAAGGAGGCACUCGGAUCUCGAGCAGGAUACACCCCAAGUCCCGGCGAAUCUGCCAGCGCUUCCGCGUCUGCCAGUGCAUCGGCUGCCGAGGAUGAUGAGACACCGCCGGGCUCAUCUGAUGGUUUACACUUCCCUCCCCAUCCGCCAUUCGCGCACCCUCCAGCGGCGCUCUCUGCAUCGUCGUUCUCGACUCAUCCCAAUAUGCCUCUCAACUUAUCACACGUGGGCGGAUCUCCGCAUCCACCACGCUCGGCCGGCGGCUACAGCAUCGAAGAAAGCGACGCGGGUUCACUCGACGAAUACACCACCGCAUUGCCUCAAUUCGACCGACCGGAAAAGGAGAAAGAAAAAGAGCACAAGGACCGCGGCCUCCAAAAGAUCCUUCCGUUCCGAUCCCGCCGAAAAGACAAGGAACACAAAGAGUCCAAAGAAUCCAAGGGCAAAGACCGAGAGCGAAGCGUCGAUAGAAACGAGCGAUCGGGAAGCGCGUUAGGCGACUUCAACAAAGAUUCCGGCUACAGAGGCGGAGGAGGCUACGGAUCUCGCGGUCCACAUGACAACAAUGGUGCGGAUUGGUGACUAGAUGGUUGGUUCACCGGACGAUACCUUAGCAAAGAGGGACGAGAGGAAGGAAGAGAUCGCGAGCGCGUUUCCAGCAUGAGCGCCCUCGUACAG